CGCGUGCUUCGUCUGCGUGCGUUUCACCGCGUGAUUUCGUGAAGUAAACAAUGAAAGGCGAAGGUUUCCAGAACCUUAGCCGCGAGGCUACCACGCUCGGAGUGUCCUUUGGCGCCAGUCUCAGCUCCAUGUCGGAAAGGUUUCAUGCCAGGACCCGCGAGCCGGACUCUCUGGACCCGGAUGGCCUUGCCCAGCUGGAGAUCCUGUGUAAGCAGCUGUACGAGACCACCGACACCGCCGUCCGACUCCAGGCCGAGAAAGCCCUGGUGGAGUUCACCAACAGCCCCGACUGUCUGAGCAAAUGUCAGCUGCUGCUGGAGAGAGGCAGCUCUUCGUACUCCCAGCUGCUCGCCGCUACAUGUUUAUCCAAGCUGGUGUCCCGAACUAGCAACCCCCUGCCUCUGGAGCAACGCAUCGACAUCCGGAACUAUGUGCUCAACUAUCUGGCCACACGGCCAAAGCUGGCGGCGUUUGUGACCCAGGCGCUGAUCCAGUUGUACGCCCGGAUCACCAAGCUCGGCUGGUUUGACUGUCAGAAGGAUGAGUACGUCUUCAGGAACGUCAUCGCCGACGUCACGCGCUUCCUCCAGGACAGCGUGGAGCACUGCAUCAUCGGCGUCACCAUUCUGUCCCAGCUCACAAAUGAGAUCAAUCAGGCCGACACGACGCACCCGCUGACCAAACAUAGGAAGAUAGCGUCGUCCUUCAGAGACUCCUCCCUCUUUGACAUCUUCACGCUGUCAUGUAACCUCCUCAAACAGGCGUCGGGGAAGAACCUGAACCUGAACGAUGAGUCGCAGCACGGCCUGCUGAUGCAGCUCCUCAAACUCAGCUACAAUUGCCUCAACUUCGAUUUCAUAGGAACUUCCACAGACGAGUCGUCGGACGACCUCUGCACCGUGCAGAUCCCAACGUCAUGGAGAUCAGCGUUUCUCGAUUCCUCCACACUGCAGCUGUUUUUUAAUUUGUACCAUUCCAUCCCUCCGUCCCUUUCCCCGUUGGUGUUGUCGUGUUUAGUCCAAAUCGCCUCUGUCAGGAGGUCCCUCUUCAACAACGCUGAGCGUGCAAAGUUCCUGUCUCACCUGGUGGACGGCGUGAAGAGGAUACUGGCCAACCCUCAGUGUCUGCCUGACCCCAACAACUACCACGAGUUCUGCCGACUGCUAGCAAGGUUGAAGAGUAAUUACCAGCUGGGGGAGCUGGUCAAAGUGGAGAACUACCCGGAGGUGAUUCGCCUCAUCGCCAACUUCACUGUCACCAGCCUGCAGCACUGGGAGUUCGCCCCCAACAGCGUCCACUACCUGCUGAGCCUCUGGCAGCGCCUGGCGGCGUCGGUCCCCUAUGUCAAAGCCACCGAGCCCCACCUGCUAGAGACCUACACCCCCGAGGUCACGAAGGCGUAUAUCACGUCGCGCCUCGAAUCGGUCCACGUCAUCCUCAGAGAUGGUCUUGAAGACCCGCUGGAGGACGCCGGCCUGGUGCAGCAGCAGCUGGACCAGCUGUCCACCAUUGGCCGCUGCGAGUAUGAGAAAACGUGCGCGCUCCUGGUGCAGCUGUUCGACCAGGCGGCGCAGACCUACCAGGAGCUGCUGCAGUCCACCAACUCCAGCGCUGUGGACGUCACGGUGCAGGAGGGUCGGCUAACCUGGCUGGUUUACAUCAUCGGGGCCGUGAUCGGAGGACGGGUGUCCUUCGCCAGCACAGACGAGCAGGACGCCAUGGACGGAGAGCUGGUGUGUCGGGUGCUCCAGCUGAUGAACCUGACAGACUCGCGGCUCGCUCAGGCGGGAAACGAGAGGCUGGAGCUAGCCAUGCUCAGCUUCUUCGAGCAGUUCAGGAAAAUCUACAUCGGAGAUCAGGUUCAGAAAUCAUCCAAGCUUUAUCGGCGGUUAUCAGAAGUUCUGGGCUUGAACGACGAGACGAUGGUACUCAGUGUCUUUAUAGGGAAAAUCAUCACAAACUUGAAGUACUGGGGUCAGUGUGAGCCGAUCACCUCCAAGACGCUGCAGCUGCUGAACGACCUCUCACUGGGGUACAGCAGCGUGAGGAAGCUGGUGAAGCUCAGCGCUGUGCAGUUCAUGCUCAACAACCACACGAGCGAACACUUUUCCUUCCUCGGGGUCAACAACCAGUCCAACCUGAGCGACAUGAGAUGUCGGACCACCUUCUACACGGCUCUGGGGCGCCUCCUCAUGGUCGACUUGGGUGAGGAUGAGGACCAGUUUGAACAGUUCAUGCUUCCUCUCACUGCUGCGUUUGAAGCCGUUGCUCAGAUGUUGAGCACAAACACGUUCAACGAACAGGAAGCCAAGAGGACGCUGGUGGGUUUGGUGCGAGACCUGCGGGGAAUCGCCUUCGCCUUCAACGCUAAGACCAGCUUCAUGAUGCUCUUCGACUGGAUAUAUCCGGCCUACAUGCCCAUCCUGCAGCGAGCCAUCGAGCUUUGGUACCACGACCCGGCCUGCACCACACCUGUCCUCAAGCUCAUGGCCGAGCUCGUGCACAACAGAUCCCAAAGGCUACAGUUUGACGUUUCCUCGCCAAACGGCAUCCUGCUCUUCAGAGAAACCAGCAAGAUGAUCACCACCUAUGGGAACCGCAUCCUGACGCUGGGAGAAGUCCCGAAGGACCAGGUGUACGGCGUGAAGCUGAAGGGCGUGAGCGUGUGCUUCACCAUGCUGAAGGCGGUGCUCAGCGGGAACUACGUCAACUUUGGGGUCUUCCGUCUGUACGGCGACGACGCUCUGGACAACGCCCUGCAGACCUUCAUCAAGCUGCUGCUGUCCAUCCCUCACAGCGACCUGCUGGACUAUCCCAAGCUGAGCCAGUCCUUCUACUCGCUGCUGGAGGUGCUGACUCAGGACCACAUGAACUUCAUCGCCAGCCUGGAGCCACACGUGGUCAUGUACAUCCUGUCAUCCAUCUCUGAGGGCCUGACGGCGCUGGACACCAUGGUGUGCACUGGCUGCUGCUCCAGUCUGGACCACAUCGUCACCUACCUGUUCAAGCAGCUGUCCCGCUCCACCAAGAAGAGGCCCGCUGCCAUGGCAACAGACGACCGCUUCCUCCACAUCAUGCAGCAGCACCCGGAGAUGAUCCAGCAGAUGCUGUCCACGGUGCUGAACAUCAUCAUCUUUGAGGACUGCAGGAACCAGUGGUCCAUGUCACGACCUCUGCUAGGCCUCAUCCUCCUGAACGAGAAGUAUUUCGCUGACCUGAGGAACAGCAUCGUGAACAGCCAGCCCCCGGAGAAGCAGCAGGCCAUGCACUUAUGUUUCGAGAACCUAAUGGAGGGGAUUGAGAGGAACCUGCUGACUAAGAACCGGGACAGGUUCACGCAGAACUUGUCGGUCUUCAGGAGGGAGGUGAACGACAGCAUGAAGAACUCCACGUACGGCGUCAACAGCAACGACAUGAUGAGCUGACAUUCCUCACAGCAGACUUUCACCUGGCUGCUGGUCCCGCCCCUGCACCCCGCCCCACUCCUCCCCCGUCUCUGCAUUCGCCUCCCCCCUCUCCCCCGGGCCCGGAUGCCUGGGGGUCCCCCCCUGCCCCCUGACGCACCGCCGGUUCGACUCCCCGCCCCUCUUUUUGAUAGAAGCAUAUAUAAAUAUAUACAAAUGUAUUC